AUUGUCUUUUGUUUUCUCAUUAGAACUAGAACGCUGAUGGCUGAAGUGGUUGAAGUUAAAAACUGUCGGAAGCGAUCACUACAAGUGCAAACGGUUAAGCUACUCCGGCGCUGAAGUAAUCAGCCUACGAUAACUUCGCGGAUUCAAGCCUUGCAGGAUACCUCUGGUUACUGGUGCCCCUGAUAUCUUGUCAUCUGUAGCCAGCCAGGUAGUUCACCCGGUUGGGUGGUCUUGCGUUCGACGAACUUUCGCUCUCUCCCAGGCCCUGUCGUUUUGGCGGGCUUUUCCGAAUUCUGAGGAAGUAUGGCUCGGCGGAGGUCGCCAUCCUCUGGGUCAUCCCCUCUCGGUGCAGUCCCAGAGCUGUCGCUGGAAGACUACGACCCCAUGCCUUACGAGGAGCUGAUCUGCGCCAUCUGCCACUCUGUGCUGCGCGAUCCCGUCGAGUGCCCCUGCCACCACGUCUUUUGUCGCCGCUGCAUCUGGGAGUGGGUCCACAAGGACAACAGCUGCCCGAUAUGCCGCAAGCGGGGCAUCUCGGCCGUUACACCUGUACCGCCUUUUGUACGAAACAUGCUCAACUCUCUCAAGGUGAAGUGCCGAAAUGCUGGCUGCAAUGCCCGUGUACCUGCGGAAAGUUUUGUGCAUCACACGAGUGCGUGCGAGUUUCAUGAAGUAAGCUGCCCACACGAAGCCUGCGAACAUCGGUGUCAACGACGUUUGCUAGAAUCUCACGUGAAGCAGUGUCCACUACGCGAGGUCACAUGCGAGAAGGGUUGUGGAUUGGUUCUCACACGGGGCCGCCUCAAAAGCCACAGCUGUGUGGAUGAACUCAAGCGUAAGCUAGACGAAGCCACAUCCGAGUGUGACGAUUGGCGACAGAAGGCCGCGGACGCAACAGAAGCCCUGAACCGGCUCCGCGACACGUUGCGCCGCUUGGGCGAUACGGCAGUGGUUCUGGAGAGCAGCAUCGGUGACCUGAACGAACAACUUCGCUCGGCCAAUAGGCUGACCGCCCCUGGGCCGCACAAUCAUCAGUCAACAACGGCUGCAGCGAGGCCGAGCCGAAUCGUCCAACAUCCCAGCAUCCACAGCACCAGCACCAUCAAUCUAGGUGCUUUGUUUGGCACCCAAACAAUGCAAAUUUUUGGAGAGGAUGACAGUGAAUCUGACCUCUCAGAAGGUUCACCCGAUGUGGAAGAGUCCUUCUCCGAUGUACCUUAGUCCGAACUGCUUCUUAAAUUGAAACCGAAACUUGUCAAUGUUUCUUAAUCAUCUGCAGUCGCCACCUUGUUUCUCUUUUGAAACCGUUUUGUUUGCCUGUUAAAAGGGGGAAACUGCGCUUUAAAACACUUGUUUAAAAUUAAAAUUCAUGAAUGCUUUUGAUUAAACGUUCUGAGUGUUUGUACGUUUGGGUGCCGAUUUUGAUAAUGUAAUUAUUUUUGUAGUACAUUAUGCAGUUCCUAGAAUAUCAAGCACUUGUGCCUUUUUGUGGGCAAGAUUUUUCCUAACCUGGGGGAGUUACCAAGUAAAUGGGCAUAUUGUAAUAAUCUGGAAUGAAAACGGGAAUAAAUCUUCUAAGCCUAUCGAACAAAAGUUAUGAUAUGUUAAACAUUUGUGAGUGAGUUGAUGUCGGGCCAUGAUUUCGCUCACAAAUGUUCAACAUGCUGUAACUUUUGUUCAGAUGGGUUUAGAAAAUCCAUUCUUGUUAUAUUGCAUACAAUUCUCAUGCCACACUAUUGUAAUAUGCUAAUUUGCUUCGUAACUCUCUCAGUUUAGGAAAGAUCUUGCUUACUAAAAGGCGUGAAGAGUGCUUGACAAUUUAAGAUACGUAUUGUACUAGAAAAAUGCUUGAAAUUGGCACACAAAUAAGCUAGAAAUCUCUGCAAGUUCCAUCAAAAAUAUAAAGAAAAAAUGUUUUUAAGUGUAGCAUUCCUUCUUAAAACGUGUUUUAAGUGUUCUUCCAGGGUACAGAGAAUCAAACAUACCUCACAAGCUGCUUGUUAUAUUGUGAAACUGGGCUGUUGCAGGAAUAUUGUCAUCAGGUUCAUUGAAAUAGACAAAUCCUUUGCAGCAUCUUUCUUAGCUGCUCAUCAGAUGCAAAUGACCUUGGAGGUAGUCAUAGUGGUAGCUCUUUGUCUCUGGGAUUACUGUUUGGCUCCUGGAUGACACAGUUUCUUGGUGAACAUGGAAGUGACUUGUACCACAGUCUGCUCCUUGGUUGCAUGAAUUCCUAGAAGGUCGGCGAGCUUUUCGCUACCUAUAGUUUUUUAUUAAGUUUCUUUAAGGCCGCAGGACAAAUCACUUGUACAGGUAACUUUCUGCACUGUACAACGCACAGCUUUGAAGAAAACUUGGAGCAAACACCGAUUUUCUUAAACAUUCGGUCUGAAAACGAAAAAUGCAGCCAUUGGAAGACUGCCAUACUGAUAUGACUGGAAGUGGCAUGUAAGAAAGCUAAAUUUUACAGAUUACAGGUGAUGGCAUUUUGAUAUAAAGGUGAAGUCGCAAGCGAUUUCUAACCCAAUAUCCAGAGAACUCUGCCGCCAUUUGGUUUGAGCUGUGAAAAUCUUGUUGCAUUUAGAAAAGGAAGCCAGUUUUAGGCAAUUGAAAGCAAGGGAAUCUUUAUUUGAGAAAAGCUCGAGGAGAUCACUAAAGAAUGAAACGCACAAACUUUACAAUUUUAUAACCGCUUGCCAAUAAUUGAUGUCGCUGUUCUCUGAACUUCAUCUGUUUUAGCUAAAGCAGUGAAAUGUAAGGCAUUGGUUUGCAGCUUUUCUGAAAAUAAUUGUCCAUUCCUGACCAGGGCCCAUGGGAAUGAUGUACCCACCUCAGCUGGAGACUGCUUGCGCAUGCCAGUAAAACUUGUUCAUCUCUUCUGUAGGAUUGUGAACAGAGGAGUUGUGAUAAUCGUUUCCUUUGCAUACUUGCAAUAUGCCUAAGAAAUGCCCCUGACCCUCAUAAACUGCAGCCAAUGUUAGGAAGCACAGUGAUCUACCAGAGAUUUUUUGGCAAAAUUGUAAAUUUUGUUGUAGUUCUAAUGGGAUGUGCACCCUCAGAAACCUUAAGUAGUAAGGCUGUGUGUUUGCCUGAGAGAUUUGUGUAAAAGCCUUGAUUCACACACUUUCUCUGACUUUGUACGUUUCAUACAUAAUAUUCACCAUGGAAGGGCAAAGAGUACAAAACAAAACUGCGAAAAUGUGUGGGGAGCCGGUAUAGAACUGGCGGAUGUUAAAAUAUGAGCAGCAGUAAUCUGCUUGAGUGUGAGAUGAAAAAUUUAAGGGCACCGUUUUUAAUAUUGCAGAUGUAACUCUAAGAAAUGCAGCUCAAAUUUUCUGAUUGAACCUGUCUUAUAUUCGCACAGCAACUCGUCGACCAUUGGUUGUUGUCUUAGAUGAGCUGGUAGACCCCUUUUUGUGCAAUUUAGUGCAGUGUUUGUAUUGCUUCUUGUGAUAAUUGUCUCCCAGCUGUCAUAAACAUGUGCCUUUGUGAUAUUUUUUCUAUACAAUAAUUUUAUGUUAGUUUUGUGUACCUCAAUUAUCAUUAUUUUUUCCAUUUUGUGGCAUUAACUGUUGUCAUGACAGUAAAGGUGUGUUUCAGCAGCUUAUCUUCACUGUGGCACUCAUUGGUGGAAAGAGUGAGCAAAAGUGAGGUUUUUAAUCAAGUGCUGUGAAAUCUGGGUGAAUUGCUGUCUAUCACUUUAAGUGGUUUCUGUUUGAAGCAUUAGACAGCGAAAUAUAACUUGUCCACGGUGUUUUGUUUUAUUGAACUCCUGAGUGACUUGAGCAACAACAAAAUUUCCAUGUGAUCUUCAACAAGGUGCUUAAAGAGACACUUAAAGGGACACUAAAGAGCAAAAUGAUUUUUCUCACAUUAGUAAAGUAGUCUUCCACGAUACCAAAAACACCACGCUUGCUGCGAGAAGACGCUUAAUAAACGAGAAAACGCGCAAAAAGAAAAUACAGGUGGCGACGCCACCUUUGAAUUCCCGCACCAUUUGCUGUGACGUCACAUAUUUUUUACGGCACCUGCUUGGGCCUACGUAGUUCCUAAUUACGUAGUUCCUAAUUGGUUCAAUCGAAGCACAUUGUCCUCUGAGGGGUCCAGAGACUUGACAUAACGAGUUUGUGGAAAUUUCGUCGAGCCAGUGGCGCCAAAAUACGUUAAAUGCUCUUUGAAACCUUUUACGUCACGAAUUACAAAGUUCGGCGCGAAAUUUAAAAAUGAAACUUUGAACUUCGUUUUCUCCUCUAAUAAUAAACCUAUGGUGGUGAAAUAAACUGCACAAGAGUUCUCCGAGCACACUUUAUCAAUCUAAACCAAUUCAUUGCUUCUCUUUAGUGUCCCUUUAAGAGCAAAACGAUUUUUCUCAUAUUAGUAAAGUACUCUUUCACGAUACCAAACACACCACGCUUUCUGCGAGAAGACUCUUAGUAAUCGAGAAAAGGCGCCAAAACAAAAUGUGGGUGGCGACGCCACCUUGAAGUUUCCGCACCAUUCGCCGUGACGUCACAUGUUUUGAUGGCGCCUACUAGGGACUACGUAGUUCCUAAUCGGUAGAAGCUAAGUACAUUGUCCUCUGAGAGGGCCAUAGACUUAACAUACCAAGUUUGGGGUAAUUUUGUUGAGCUAAUGGCGCCAAAAUACGAAAAGUACACUUUAAAAUCCGUGACGUUAUGCGGAGAGAUUUCGCUGCGAAAAUUAAAAAUGAAACUCUGAACUUGAUUUUCUCGUCUAUUAAUAAACCUAUGACGGCAAAAUUAGAGUUCUCAGAGCCCAAUUUAUCGAUCUAAACUGGUUCAUUGUUUCUUUUUAGUGUCCCUUUAAGAUGAAGUGCUAUAUACUCAUAAUAUACUCAUAUGCCAUAUAAAGUGCUAUAUAGCACUAUGUAAAUGUCUAUAUAGUAUUAUGUAUUAUCUGCUGUUUGUAAGGAAAUUUGUGCGUUUGUUGCUAUUUGUAUUGACUCCUGCUUCGAUAUUAUUUUUUGUACUGCCAUAAGUUAUAUUAUGGUGAAUAAAUUUUUUCUAGUAA